UAUGUUUUUUUGCGAACAGAAAUAAUUGACGGAAAAGUGUGAGCAGAAGAGGAGUAAAAAAUGCAAAUAUCCCGCAACAUUUUCAGAAAUUCCUUCUUGAAGAACUAUUCGAUUCGUCAAUUAUCCUCGUCUAUUAGUGCCAUGGCUCCUGUAAAGGUCGGUGAUAAAAUUCCCUCUGUAGAUUUGUUUGAAGAUUCUCCAGCUAACAAAAUCAAUACUGGGGAUUUGACAUCUAACAAAAAAGUCAUAAUUUUUGGUGUUCCCGGUGCUUUUACUCCAGGCUGUUCAAAGACUCAUUUGCCUGGUUAUGUUUCAUCCGCUGACACCUUAAAAUCCGAACAAAAGGUAGAUGACAUUGUAUGCGUCUCUGUAAAUGAUCCAUUUGUAAUGUCUGCCUGGGGAAAGGAACAUAAUGCUGGUGGCAAGGUUCGUAUGUUGGCUGAUCCAGCAGCAGCAUUUGCUAAAGCAUUAGAUUUGACCAUUGACUUGCCACCCUUGGGUGGAGUACGUGCUAAGCGUUUCUCUAUGGUGGUAGAAAAUGGUGAAGUUAAAGAAUUGAACGUUGAACCAGAUGGCACUGGCCUAAGUUGCUCUUUGGCUAAUAAUAUUGGCAAAAAGUAAUUUGGGUAUAAACCACCAAAAAAGUGUAUUUAAUUGUCAUAUUAAAUAAAAGACAAGAACAAAAUAAAAAUGUAGUAUAUAACAGUUAA